GCUAAAUAGUCUUGAUCGCACUUCCUUCACGUGAGCGCGCGUUUAUGCUUCAGUUAAGAUGUGAACGCGCCGCGCCGCAGUGUGUCGGUCACUUUAAACAUUUUACUGCACAAAUGGAGUUUCUCAUCGGGAGUCCGUUCGCUUCUCCUGUCGGACAGCGAAUCCAAAAAGCCACUAGCACCGCCCUGCAGGCAGAAGACUGGAGCCUCAACCUGGAGAUUUGUGAUAUCAUCAACGAGACUGAUGAUGGGCCCAAAGAUGCAAUGAAGGCUUUAAAGAAGAGGAUUGUGGGUAAUAAGAACUUCAGGGAGGUGAUGCUGGCACUGACAGUUCUCGAGACGUGUGUGAAGAACUGUGGUCAUCGUUUCCAUGUGUAUGUGUGCACCAGAGAGUUUGUGGAGGGCGUUCUGGUCAGAGCGAUUCUACCCAAAAACAAUCCACCCAUGAUCUUACACGACAGAGUGCUGAGCCUCAUUCAGUCGUGGGCUGAUGCUUUCAGGAACAGUCCGUCUCUGUCUGGAGUUGUGAGUGUGUAUGAGAAUAUGCGGCAGAAAGGACUGCAGUUUCCCAUGACGGAUCUAGACUCUCUCUCUCCGAUCCACACUCCCAACAGGAGUAUUCCAGACAAUGAGACGUCUUCCUCAUCUGUGUCCCUGCCUGAUUCGAGGACACACACUCAGUCCUCACCACCAGCACACACUUCACAAAGUGUCCAAUCGAAUGGCCAACAGAACCUUGUUUCAACUGAGCAGCAGAAGCUGAGGUCUGAACUGGAUCUGGUCAAAGGAAAUCUGACUGUCAUGACUGAGAUGUUGAAUCAAGUCAAACCAGGAGAAACUUCUGCAUCAGACACUGAACUACUACAGCAGUUGUAUUCAGUGUGUAAGCAGAUGCAGCAGAGAGUUGUGGAAGUGAUUCCUAAUCUAUCAGAAGAGGAGAUGUUUGGAGAACUUUUGCUCUUAAAUGACGAUCUGAACAACGCUUUCAUCCGCUACGAGAGAUUUGAUAGAUUAAAUAACAUGCAGAGAGCAACCACAGAACAGCUGGAGUCACAGACUGAGACAGGAAACCUGAUAGAUCUCAGCCCUCUGUCACAAUCAGCCAAUCAGAGCACUGUUCCAGCCAUCAGUCAACAUGUGUCCCUCCUUCCAUCCAACCAAACACAAAGCUCAGCGGUUGAAGAUGAAGAGUUUGACAUGUUUGCUCAGACGAGGACUAGUUCUCUGGCUGAACAAAGGAGGAGUGUGCGGUAUGAGGAUCCUGCUGCAGUUGAGGGUUUGGCUGAAGCGCUGGACACACGAUUGCAGGUCACCGCAGGGGACAAUGAGAGCAGUUGGGUUCGUCAGUCUCAGUGGAUUUACAGUGAGGGUCUGGCUCCUGCUCCACACAGUUCUGCCAUGGAGGAUAUUGAGAAAUGGUUGUCCACAGAAACGGCUGAUGAAGAAGACAGUGAGGGGGUGACCAGUGAAGAGUUUGAUAAGUUUUUAUCAGAGCGAGCUCAAGCUGCAGAUCAUCUUCCCUCGAUGAAUAGUCACACAAGCACUCGACAGCCAUCGAGCAAACAAGAGCAAAAACACGACCAGCUCUUCACGCUCUGAGACCAUCUGCAACACCAAAUCUAUAACAGCUCCAGGAUCCUCACAACAGUCACUGCAGAGAAAUAUCAUGUACUCACUGUGAGGAUCCGUUAUGCAUCUCCGUUUCUGCUCUGUUUAGUCAAUACUUUUGAGUUAAUAAUAUUUCAUUUGGCCAUUAAAUGUGUGAGAACCUUUUGAUCAUUUAAGACAAAGAAUCAAACUGCUGUUUGUUGCUGAUGUAAGUUAAUUUUAUUGGCAUGUAUGUUUUCAUUGAGUGUAAAAAGCAUUAAUGUUGUAAAUUAACAAUGAAAAUAAGACUGGAUUAUAGAGACCUGAGAGUUCUGUCCGCUGUCAUACCUCAUUCUUUGGAAACAAUGUUAUAAUAUUAAACAUACACCAUUAUA